AUGCUUCAACACGACAACAAAUUCGACUUCUCCGGCAUUGCUUCUGUUCAUUUGGAUUCGCUAUGGGACUCAUAUAGUCUGUCGUCAACUUUGAGCUCAAUUCAGGGGAGUCCUGAAGGUUCUUCUUCUCGGGAACCAUCGCCUACCAGCCAUGAAUUUUGUUGGGAAAGCGCCUAUGAUAUGAUAGAGAUGUUAGAGAAGAUGAAGCUUGACGAAAGGGAAAGUCCUGAAUACCACCCUGGUUAUGGGAAUCAGAGGUUGGAGACCUCAAAUUUUGGAGUCCACUCUCUCCUUCAGGAACAAAUUCGACCUAUUCAAUUGUCUCGGAUCAGACAAGAACAGAUUCUGUCUCAGAAGCAAAAUCCAACAGCAUAUAGGGGAAAAAUUCAGGCGCAGAUAUCACAGCAAUUUCAAAAAAAAGGUAAAGGGGUUAAUGUUGGGUGUGAUAACGGAAGAGGGAUUCGUCCACCAUGGCACGCUUGUUCACACCACCAAACUGGUUCAAGAAGCUCAUAUUCUGGCACUGGUGUGUUCUUGCCGCGUGGCGAAACUAGUGCCCCGUUCGAGUCACGUAAGAGACCAGGUAAAGGAUGCUCCACAGUUCUUAUACCGGCGAGAGUGGUACAGGCUUUGCAACUCCACUUUGAGCAAAUGGCUGCCACGUCCGGGCCUAAACCUGGUGGCUUCCCUCCCCUACAUGAUAUUUUAGUGAGUAACAGGGAUGGCAUGUAUUCACUACAAAAGCGUCCAUCACGGAACAAACCUGCACAUAUCCAGAAUGAGAUGGUUCUGCCUCAAGAAUGGACUUACUGA